CCUGCACAAUCAGAUCAAUUUGGCUGUGGUGUCUGAUGUGUUUUCUAAUUUUUCUCAGCAGGUGUCCCCCCUCCUCCCUCAUUCAUGGGAGGGGUUGCUCUGCUCGGCCUCUUUUUCCUCUCUCGUGUUUUCUGAGUCUUCUCUUGACGGAAGGAGAAAAGGUGCCGAGCGAGGACAGAAGACAAGAGGAGGACUCGGCUUCCUUCCCUUGGUGUGGUUUCCUGUUUGUAGGUGGGAGGAUGUUGAGACGGUUGCAGCAGCGUUCAAAUAACUUUGCAGCUUUUUAACACCCGGCAACACUCUGAGGUGUCACAGUUACAUCUCCGGGUUGGUGCGAGGUGUUUGUUUGUUUUUUUUUUGUCUCUGACAUUUUGCUGUUUUUGCUGAAGGCCCCCUUUUCCAGUUUCCAUCACCAGUUGCAGUUGAGCGUCUGAAAGAGGGCAGUUUGCUCAUCCCACACACCUCAUUCAACUUUUACAGUAGUUGGUUGGUUAGUGAGUCACCCUUUGCAGAGGUUGGUGACACAUUCAGUAACUUGAAUCUUGUGCUGAGAAUUUAGUCAUUAAGUGUUUUCUGCAUUUUUAGAGCACUCUCUGGAGAAACGUGACCUGAAUCGGUGUCAUCUUUCUCAGAGGAAACACUAAGAAGACAGAACAUUAGAGGAUCUGGGGCAGGUGGUGAAAAGAAACUCAUCGUCUCAACUGAGGAGGUGAUUGGGUGCAGCGGUGACAGAGGAGGAGAGUCAGUCACAGAGAGAGUGGGAGGAAAGAGUCAAGCUGGUCACUGAAGGUGCAGAUCAUACAACUGCCAGGAAAAUAGAAAGAGGAAAGUGAGCAAAGAGGUCUUCAGUCAUGGCAGAUAUUUGGUGACAUUAGUCUCAUGUGGACCAGAUACUGUGGGGGACACAAGACCAGCCAUAGGCCCUGAAACAUCGCUAGCCCUCCUCCCGUUCCUCCAUUCAGCCGUCUCCUCAGUCGACAUUAGUCCUCAGGUGUAGAUGAACCAUGGAUGUCUCCUGGUUCAUCCUGAUGGUGUUGGCCGCCAUCUUCGUCUCCACUAUCCUGCUGGCCGUUGUCUGUCUGGACUGUAGGAACAAAAGCGUGCUGGUCUACGUCAGCCAAACACAUGCUUCAGAAGAAUACAUACCAUCCUCUGAGUUCAGCGUCAUCCGCCCAUAUGCAGCCCAGACGGCCACUGAUCAGAACUCCUUCACUGCUUCCUCCAACAAUCUGUCACAUCUCUCACCUUUAGCUGUUCCUGGGACUCAGCGGAGACCCCGAUCAGUCACCCCAAUAGAAACCGGAAGUAUUCCAAGUUAUGAGAACCAAGCAGGCCCUCAGCCUGCAGACAGCGAUGCAGAAGACGCAGGAUACAUACUGGUGUUGCCUGAUGAUGAGGCUCCUCCGACAACAAAUCAGAGCCGAGCUUCAACGCCCAGUUCAGAUCGAAAUGAUUAUGUGAACCUCGAACAUAACGGAGACUAUCUGAAUGUGUACCCAGGACAGAUUGCAAGUGAGUUCGUUUCCGCUGUCCAUCAGCAGCAGUUCUUAGAUUUUCAGUUCUUCCUCAGUGAUGUUUCACACAGGAAGCCCUACUGUCUACAUCAGAGGUCACCUGUACCCCAGACUGUCCACAACCCAAACCAGAAAUGGCGGCUCAAAGCGACACCGAUGAUGACGACGACGACGACGACACCGAUGAUGAUGACGAAGAAACUAACUAUGUCAACCAGUAACCCAUGCUUCAUUAGCAAUCUCAGUGCAUGAUGGGACGCUGACUGACUUAAUGAGGACGAGUGAACGACUUCUGACAACCUGACCACAGUGAGCCUUCCAACCCCUCUUCAGUUGUCUUCAUCCACCUUUGCCUGCUAGUGAAGGCAGUGUGUUUAUUUAAAGAGCUGAAGCUCUGAGAAAAGAAACUGACUCGAUAUGAAAACGUGCAGCUCCUUUUCUCAGUUCUCGAAGGUUUAUCUGAAGGAAAUAAGCCCUGUAGAAACUGUUUCAGUUUUGCAAUCUGUGUGGGUAGAAGUAAUUCUGCCAGCAAGAGGUUUGACUUUUAUCAGGCCUCUGAAAGUAGAAACACGAAUCUAAAACACCAAAUUGUAGCCGAGUGCAGAAAACUCUGCAAACCAUGUAGAUUUAAAACCAAAUCUGCCUGAUUUCCACUUCCACAAUUAGCCAUAGAUGGACAUAAUUACACUCAAAUCCCAUGUGCAGACCCAAACCAGCAAUGACUGUCUUUUACUAACAUUGAGUGUGCAUUAAAACAACAUAUUCUUCCUCUGUGCCAUUUUGACUCCAUCCUGCUGAUCCAGAAACUCACUAGAGCAUCAAAUGUAGAUUAUGAUGAUGUGAGGAUUUGGUUUUUCUCUGACUAGUAUUGUGGAUCACAAUAAACUGAAUCUUUGUUUCAGAGCAUUUCUCCAACAAAACAAGGCAUUUGAAGACAUCGCCUCAAACUCUCUGAUGGUAAUUUCACAUUGUGUAGACUACAUUCAUUUAUGACUAACCACAGGAGUGGAUAUCAGGCACUAAACAUCCACUAUGCACAGCUUUUUAAAUCCACUGUAAAAAGCUGUGCAUACGUUGAUUAGGUACACCCAGCUGAAAGUGUUGCAGUCUAACAACAGUCCUGCAAUAAGUCCUCUUUAGUGAAGAUGAUAAUGUUCAGUUUGUGUUCAAAUAAUUGUGCUGCUACUGAACUGUACUGCAUUAUACUGACAGGUGUUCCAGGUACUUAGCCUCUCCCCAGUGAUACAAAUGAGUUGGACAAAAUAAAAGAACCAUCUGUCAGUUUUUAUCAACCCGUCCAAGGGCUACAGACAAACCGCAUCUUCCGAAAUCAUCAUAUAGCUGAAUCCACACUUCUCUAAAACCAGAAUUCACCACUAUCACCUACUUGGAGGAGGAUUUAUUGCAGGACAGUUUGAUUAGACUUUAUCUUGGUGUCAUAAGUAUUGUUCUCAGAUAGUCCUAGAGCAGACUAAUCUAUAGCCAUGCUCAUGGCCCUGUGACGCCCUGUGACGCCCUGGACAAGUUUAUGAGCUAAGGGCAGACCUAAAGAUGGCACUAGAGGAAGAGUCAGGGGAAACAAAACAACCCCUGCUAACCCUGAAUUUCCUGGCUAUUAAUCCAACAGCUGUUGAGAUAUUUCAGUCUGGACCAAGAGACCAGCAUCAUCUCAUAGCACAAACAACAUGAACGUACAGUAAAUAUGAUCAGAGUUGUAAAGUGGAAAAUAACACACUUCUCUUACACAGCUUAGUUUUUACUCCUUGAGACUUUGCCCUAAUCCUUGUUUCCUGUAAAUUUAACCUUUAAAUGUUAUUAAUUUAAAGGAAAUGAGAAAGAUUGGGAACAUUAAAAUCUGUUUUUGGAUAUCAUAUAACAUCAGAUUAUUUUUCCUGUCGGGCAUCAGAUAAAAAUACAUUGGUCUCACAUGGCAAUUGGUUCAGUGUCACAGUUUCUCUGUAGUUUACUCUUCUGAAUUGAUCAGAACAGUUAAAGUUCUGUAGUUUUUUUUAAGUAUAUUUUCUGUCAUCUGUAUCUGCAAAAUAUCCUUUUAUUUUUUAUUUUUUCCUGGUUAAGCCUUUCCUCCAGUGUCUGACACAGAGGUUUGGACAGACUGAAAUAUUGAGCUUUACUCCAGUUUUACUGACAACUCCUGAGAAUGUCUUAAUCACAUGAUUUAUUUACAACGUAUUUAUGUUUUUGUUGUCUUGAACUAGAAAUGUUUAACUACAAUUUAAUUAAACCUUUAAAAAAAACUUUAAACUGUCAGACUUAAUUUCCUAUAGCAAAAACCAAUUUCUCUGAACCCUUUUUUUUCCUUUUAACAUUUCACGAUCACUGGCGCGAUGCCUGGAACUAUUCCUUGUCAAGCCACAGUCUGUGUUCACCCCCUAAAACCACAAACUGCCAUCUUUACAUUUCAAAUUAAACACUUAUGAA